UGUCACAUGAUGCAAACUAAAGAUGUCUGCGACUGAAGAAGACACGGAACUCAGAGAUCUACUGAUCCAAAACUUGGAAAACAGUGGUGUUUUGAAUAAAAUUAAGGCAGAGCUGCGUGCAGCUGUUUUUCUUGCCUUGGAGGAGCAGGACAAAGUUGAGAAUAAAACCCCUCUUGUGAAUGAAAACCUGAAAAAGUCCCUCAACACGAAGGAUGGGCGCUUGGUAGCAGGUCUUAUCACUGACUUCCUGCAAGUCUUCAAUUUAGACUUCACUCUCGCCGUGUUUCAACCUGAAAUUAGCACGCUGAAUGGGCUCGACAGUCGUGAAACCCUGUCUAAAGAGCUUGGCAUCUCUGAAUCAGAGGUGAAUAAAAACACCCCUCUCCUGCUAGAGUUGGUGAAGAGGGGCCGGCAUAAGGACAAGACCUCCAUUUUCUCUGAGGGAGAUCGGGUGACUGAGAGAACUUUUCCCAAGGAAUUAUUGCCACGUCAAAUCGCUGAUGCCCGCAAGAAAUUUGACAGUCAUGACAAGAACAGAAGUGGGGAGAUCAACAGAGAUGCAGUUAUUGCCAUUUUCGCUGAUCUUUUCCCCCAGUUCAGCAGAAACUUGCUGGAAAGUUACGUCACUGAGGAACUCCGAGCCAAAAGCAAGGACACAAACAAUACUAUAGACUUUCAGGACUUCCUGGGAAUGUACAAAUGCUUCUUUAUACAGUGUCGAAAUGUGGUGACCAGUGACAGUAGCGAUGCACUUAACUCCUCAAGUAAAACAGCUGAAGAUAGAAUCAUUUCAUCUUCCGCCAGCAAGAUACCCAGGUAUAAAGGAUUUGUUAAACACAGUUCAGCGCAGGAAGAAAAUGCUGGUCCAAAGGCUGGAGAAAGAAGACCUGGUGAAACACUGGGGUUUCAGAAGAACAGAGUUCAAGUGUUUGAAGAGUCAGAGGAGGGAUUAGGGGAUGAGAAAAACCUUCCUACCCCACUGAGGAAAGCACUGGAAUUUGGACUGGAGGAUGAGGAUGAGGAAGGAGACUCAUUCUUCGAUGAUCCUCUUCCUAAACCUCAGAAGACCUAUGGCGGUGGUUUAUCUUCGGCAGAUAAUCCUUAUUUAGGACAGAGACAUUCUGAAAAAAGCUAUAGUCAAAAAGAUCAGUCCUGGCAGAGGGAAGGAAGCCUGUCAGGGCGAUCCUUAUCCCAAAUGCGGAGGGGCACUAGCCUCAAUGACCUGUCUGCUAUAGGCAGUGAUAAAGAGGGAGAUGGAGAGGACAUGCUCUCUGACUGUGAUAACAGGUCCAGACCUGACUUUAAACUCAGGAGAGAAGGCUCGGGCAGCGGUUUCGGAAAAGCAUUCACCACAGACGCGCUGCUAAAGAGCGCAGGAGGAUCCAUCUCUGCCGAGAGCAGCCAAAAAGAUCAUUCAUCUGCCAAGAAUGGUACAUCUAUUUCUAAAGAUAAGGGUGUCAAAGAUGAAGAUCUUGAUUAUGACGAUGACUUCAACAGUCAUCGUUCUGAAAACUCUAAGAGUGAAGUGAGCAUUGAUGAGGAAAUAGAGGAGGUCUCGAUAGAGGGGCCUGACAUCAGUGAUAAGCUUGAUGAAAACACUCAGGAUGUGAGCGUCUCGCAGAUAAGUUUGGGUGCAGACUACAUGGAAGAUGUUGCUUGACAUCUAAUUGUCAGAUCCUUAUUUUGUACUUUGUUUUUAUGUAUUUAGCUGACAUAAUAAAUAAGUAAUUACAUGAC